AAAACUCCAUUUCUCUUUCUCUCUCUUUCUUCCCAACGCUCGCAUUCAUUCUUUGCUUCUUCCUUUUAUAUAUCACGAGAUCCCCAUCUCUGUUCCUCUCUUUCUUUCCCCCAUUUUUUCCCUCUUUUACAUGUCUUCUUCAUACGCUUUCUUUCAAUUGUUGAGGUUCAGUUCUUUACACUGAAACACUCGGCUUACUGGGAACUAUUCAACUUCACAUUUUUCCGGCAAAAGAACUGAAAGGGGUUUCGAAAAUGUCGGAAUCUGGAAGACACAUGUCGGAAAUAGGACUUGAUGGGGUAACUGAUCGCUUGAAGAACUCAUUGACUUGCAUUGAAGAUGGAAAUGGAGUUGAAAUUAACAAGCCCGAUUUUCGAGAACUCGAUCUGGGUUCACCUGUUUCUCCAUUACGGAAUCGACCGCGUGGAUUCACCGCUACUACUACUACGACGACGACGACUACGACUACUACUACUAGUAGCAGUUCUAAUUCAUCUGGAUCUGGAUCGGUAUCGGGUCGGAAUGGAUCUCAUUUGGGUCCGAAAAAGUCUGAAUCUAGUCACUCCGGUGAGCUUUCAGGUUCAGUUGAGAGCUCACCGAAGGCGCGUGGGUUAAAGCCAGGUCACGCGCGGUCUUAUUCCAGUGGUGGCAUUGCCGUUAAUUCACCUCCGUUAAAUGUGCUUCCCACCGGAAACAUCUGCCCGUCCGGGAAGAUUUUGAAAACCGGCAUGGCUAGUAAGUCAUCGAAGACUGACGUUUUAGGUUCUGGAACGGGUUAUUACGGUCACGGAAGCAUAAUGCGUGGAGGUGCCGGUGUAAAAUCUGGCGGCGGUGCUGUCGGUGGGGCUGACACCGGUGCUACCCAGACGGCGAAUUUGAGAGGGGUAAUGGCCGGAGACACAAUGAAAAGAGGAAUGUUGAAUACUGAUCCAGAGGAGUUGAAGAGAUUAGGAAAUGAGAAUUACAGAAAGGGUUAUUUUGUUGAAGCUUUAAAUCUGUAUGAUAAAGCUAUAGCCAUUUCUCCAGGCAAUGCUGCUUACCAUUGUAACCGGGCGGCAGCGUUGAUCGGUCUGAAGCGGUUACCAGAGGCGGUGAGGGAGUGUGAAGAAGCCAUUAGGUUGGAUCCAUCCUAUGUAAGAGCACACCAUCGAUUGGGAUCUUUGUUACUUAGUUUCGGGCAGGUUGAGAAAGCCAGAAGUCACAUUUGUUUCCAAGGGCAUCAGCCAGAUCAAGCUGAGUUGCAGAAGUUGCAAGCAGUGGAAAAAUAUAUUGGCAAGUUCACUGACGCACGAAGAGUUGGUGAUUGGACAAGCAUGUUAAGAGAAGUCAAUGCAGCCAUUGCUUCUGGAGCAGAUGCAUCUCCUCAGCUAUUUGCUUGUAGAGCGGAAGCUCUUUUGAAGCUACAUCAAGUAGAGGAUGCAGAAUUGAGCUUAUCAAUUACUCGGAAGCAUGAACCAUCUGCUGGAUCACCACAGUCAAAAUUUUUUGGGAUGCUUUCAGAGGCAUAUGCGUUCUUUGUUCAAGCUCAGAUUGACCUGGCUAUGGGAAGGUUUGAAAGUGCAAUCAGUGCAGUAGAGAGAGCUGGACAUAUUGAUCCUCGAAAUAUUGAAGUAUCAGUUUUUCUCAACAAUACGAGGUCGGUGGGACGGGCUCGUACCCGUGGCAAUGAUCUAUUUAAAUCCGAAAGGUAUACUGAAGCUUGUGCUGCUUAUGGGGAAGGUCUCAGGCGUGAUUCUUCAAAUUCAGUUCUCUAUUGUAAUAGAGCAGCUUGCUGGUAUAAACUCGGGCAGUGGGAAAAAGCUGUGGAUGACUGCAAUCAAGCGCUCACUUUCCAGCCACACUACACUAAAGCCCUUCUUCGAAAGGCUGCCUCAAAUACCAAGCUUGAGAGAUGGGCUGAAGCUGUUAGAGAUUAUGAGGUUUUGAGAAAAGCGCUUCCAUAUGACACUGAGGUUGCUGAAUCGUUUUUCCAUGCUCAAGUUGCAUUAAAGAGAUCACGCGGAGAAGACAUUCACAAUAUGAAAUUUGGUGGGGAGGUGGAAUUGGUUUCUGGUCUCGAGCAGUUCCAAGCUGCGAUUUCAUCACCUUGUGCAUCUGUGGUCCAUUUUAAAGCAGCAUCUAACCUACAAUGCAAGCAGAUAUCCCCUUUCUUAGAUACUUUAACCACCAAGUAUCCUUCCAUAAAUUUUCUCAAGGUGGAUGUGGAAGAGAGCCCGGCAAUUGCUAAUGCAGAGAAUGUUAGAAUUGUACCAACAUUUAAGAUAUACAAAAAGGGAAGCCGUGUGAAGGAGAUGAUCUGCCCAAGUCAAGAGGUGUUAGAAUCAUCGGUGAGGCAUUACAGUAUUUAAGUGCCAUGAUUGCAAUGUCGUCGUGCUUCUUCGUGUUCUCUCAUCAUUCCAAUCACCCGGUAUUCUUGCCAUUACCUAUGACAAAAUUGAGCUACUACUACAUAAUAAUCAAUCUCAUUAAGGAGCCAAUGCCAGCCAAAUGCCACCAACCUUCAGAGGGAUUAGUUUAGUCUCCUUUUUUCCCUUUUAAUUUAUUCAUUCAUUGCUGUCUUGGUUCCUACUUCUUCCCAUCUCCAUUAAUCUUUCUCUUUUCAAAUCACUUUUCUUAUUAUUAAAACAAAAAAAAAAGGCUGCCUGCCUGUCCUUAGUAUAAACUUAAGUUGUGAGGAGAAAUAGUGAACAUUGUAAAAUUGAUUUUUAUGGCCAUUUUAAAGAGAUGAACAAGUGGCUGUGGCUUUGGAUGAGGAUCAUAAACAUGUAUAUAUAUGAUUAUAUAUAUACAAAAACCAUUGGAGGCCUAGUUGGGGGGGGGGGGGUUGGUGGGGGGGGGGUGGAUGUAUGGUGGCUAUUUAUGGUUUAGUGAAAGAAGGAUGAAUAUGAUGAUGUUAUU